CCGCGAAUUUAAAGCCGGCUACAAGAACCCACCGCCAACCUCCCCUCUCCCCUCAUUCUCCAAUCCGCCGGCCAUGGCCUACCUCCCGCCCCACAAGCGCCACUCCAGCGGCGGCUCCGACCCCGCCCCGCCCACCUCCUCCCUCGGCUCCCUCUCCAUCUCCUCUUCUGCCCCUCGUGGCCGACACCUACUCCGCCCGUCCAGCAACAAGAUCAUCCACGCCGCCGGCUGCGUCUCCCGCUGGUCCCCGCUCCCGCCCUUCUCCCCCGACUCCGACGACGCGGACUCUUUCCGUCUCGAGCCCUUCGCGUGCGAGCCCGUCGAGCGCAAGACCGGCUCCAAGCCCUUCGUCCUUUCCCUCUCCUCCCCGGAAGCCUCCUCUUGCUCCUCAGCGGAGGCCGCCGCCGCCAUCGCCGACAGGUUCCUGCCAGAACUCCUCGCUGCGGCGGAGAGGGCGACGCACCAUGUUAGUCCCGACAAUGAGGAGUCGGAGGUAGUGAAGCUGAGCCUCGUUGCCAGGGUGGGGAAGGUCCUGUUCCAACGUGGUGGAUCACAUGUCUCCUUGGACUCGCUCCGGGAAGCUGCAAAGGCAGGGAACGAAGGAUCCAAGAGCAAGGUCCGUAAAUCAUUCUAUACCAAUGUGCCCAAGGAGUGUUCUGAAGACAUGGAGCGAUCCGUUGUCAAACUGAUGGGUCUGGAGUUCGAUUCGUCAAAAGAACACUACCAUGUCAAGAUAUUUGACAAGCACCGUAGUGAUUCUAUUUCUACUAUGUCUUGCAAAUGCACCCUGCAACAAGAUGGGAAGCUUGCAAUCCAUAAGGUUGAAUUGGACACAAUACGACAGUUGGUGGAAGACAUAUCCUGUCUGUCCCAAGACCUUGACUUAAGGCUGAUGUUGAGGACCAAAAGGAUCCUGAAAAACUUAGAUCCUGAGGUGGAAAAUGCCAUACAGAGCUUAGUGUCUUCCGCUAUUCUUGAUCCUAAUGUAAAAGGGGCGCUCAGAUGGCCACUUGGGAAGGAAUCGAUUGGUGAGAGGUUCAGCUUAGUUGGAGUGUGGCAUACCAACUACAAAGCUUUCAGAAAUAAAACAUUAAGGUUCAAGCUAAGGCACUCUGACUGGUUUGAUCACCGGAGCUCGACUAGAGAGGUUUCCAAUGAAGUUAGCUUCAAACUAAUUGGUAUAUCAAAUAGACUGCAGGACGGGAAUAAAGAGGUGGACUCUGUGAAGGAGAUGCUGGAAUGUGAUGUGCGGAUGAUCUGGGACAGUGCUUUGUGCUACAAGAUGGUGCACUGAGCUCGGUGGUCGGGUUUGCAGUAGGCCGACAAGUACAUUGCAUAUCGUGGUUGCUUAACGAUGUUAUUGUUGGUUUGAAACCUGCUGUGUAAAUAGUUUAUCUUUGCAGCGAAUUUACUGAAUAUGAGGUCAUUGCUACCUUCGAGUUGCAACUUUCA